GGACUGAUGAUUUUGAUAACGCCUUACGCGUAAACGCGUUCCUUUAGAUAUUUCUAUUUUCUAAUAGAUAUUUGAGAAAAACGUUGUGAAUCUUUUAGUUAAGAAAUCGUUUAUCAUCAGCCGAUUCAUUAACCAGUAAGCUUUUAAUCUCAAGUCACGUCAGUCAUCAAUACAUAAUGCCUAAGAAUAAAGGAAAGGGAGGUAAAAAUCGUAGGCGUGGUAAGAACGAAAAUGAAACUGAAAAGCGAGAAUUGGUGUUCAAAGAAGAUGGCCAAGAAUACGCUCAAGUUACCAAAAUGUUGGGAAAUGGUCGUUUAGAAGCUAUGUGCUUUGAUGGUGUUAAACGACUCUGUCACAUACGAGGAAAACUUAGGAAAAAGGUGUGGAUUAAUCAAGCUGAUAUAGUAUUAAUAGGUUUACGUGAAUAUCAAGACACAAAAGCUGAUGUCAUUUUGAAGUAUACACCAGAUGAAGCUCGUAACUUAAAAACUUAUGGAGAAUUUCCAGAAACUGUUCGCAUCAAUGAUACAGUCACAUUUGUUGAUGAUGGAUUGGAUGAAGAUAUUGAGUUCGGAGAUGAUAUUAGCGAUGAUGAAGAAGCAGACAAUGCUGUUGAUAAUAUUUAAAUUUAUUUUAAAUAUGUUAGCAGUGCAGUGAUGU